UGUACCUGUUCCAAAGUCUUUUCUUUUGCUGACAGAAGAUUCUCGUGCUCUCGAAGGCAACACAGAUAUAAGAAUCAAGCAGAACAGCCUUGGUGAAUAACCAAAUCACACCGACCACUCCCAUCAUGUCGAAGACCAUGCAAGCUAUCGCCUACACCAAAUACGGCGGACCGGAAGUGACGUCGAUCGUCUCCGUUCCCAUCCCAUCGCCUGGUCCAGGUCAGAUUCAAACUCGAGUCGUUGCGGGAGCUCUGAAUCCCGUAGACUGGCAUCAGCGAAAUGGAGCGAUGGCUCAAAUCAGUCCAUACACUUUCCCCCAGGUCGCCGCGAACGAGUUCUCAGGGAUCGUCACUGCGCUCGGUGAAGGCGUUUCCAACUUUACCGUGGGCGAUCGAGUGACUUGUCGAACCGAUUUCUUAAAGCUUGGCGCGCUGGGAGAGUACACCGUUCAACCCGCGAGCUUCUAUGCUCGGGUGCCAGAAUCACUAUCACUCGUUGAUGCUGCCGGUCUCCCACUUGCCGGAUUGACGGCUGAACAAGGUCUCGAUCGAUUGAACGUCAAGCAGGGCGAUAAACUCCUGGUCACAGGGGGAGCUGGUGGUGUUGGGCUGUUCGCCAUCCAGCUCGCCAAGAUUCGAGGUGCACACGUCACCACAACUGCGUCUCAAGCUGGAUCAUCUAUCGUCAAAGAGGCCGGAGCGGACGAAAUCAUCGACUACAAGAAUGAAAAAGUCGCAGAACACCCAACUAAAUUCGACAAGGUGUUUGACUGCGCAGGUGGUGAAGAGGCUCUGAUCAACGAUAUCAUACCGGCUGUGGUAGAAGGAGGGAAGAUCACUUCAGUCGCUGGCGUCAUGAUCCCCGGUGCGUUGGACGAUUUCAACCUUGGUUGGAAGGGACCUCUGGUCAAUGGUAUGCUUUGGUGGAAAUCUAGGGCCAUAAGAAAUGCUGCGGACGCCAGAAAAGUUACAUACGAUUACUUCUUCAUGCACCCGGAUGGGGUUCAGCUCGCCAAGCUGAUCGGUUUCAUGGAGCAAGGCAAACUCAGCGUCAAGAUCGAUUCCAAGUAUCAGAUGGAGGAUUACGCCAAGGCAUUCGAGAAGCUAGAAUCAGGACGAUCCAAGGGCAAGAUCAUUAUUGAGAUGCCGCAUUCCAAGGAAAUCAAGUAGUCUUAUCGGAUUGGAGUACAAUAU